GGGAGAAAAACCGGCGGCUCGAGAGGACAUCCGUUUUCACAGCAUAUCCUCGACGCUGACCUACCACAAGGCUUCCGUGAUUUAAACAUAAGCUAUGACGGGUCGACCGACCCAUCUCGACAUAUGAGGAGUUUCGAGAAUAUGGCGGUGCACCAUCGCUACAACGAUCCAGUGCAAUGUCGAGCUUUCCUGACAACUUUACGAGGUUUCGCUCAGGACUGGUUCCACUGGUUACCAGCAGGAGCUAUCAAGGAUUUCGAGGGGUUCAGCUCGAGUUUCCUCAACCAAUUUGCUAGUGUCAGGCCACAAGAGAAGUCGUAUUUAACACUGAUGGGUAUACAACAGAAGGAAGGUGAGUCAUUACAGGAUUAUGUGGUGAGAUAUACACGGGCAUGCGUCGAGGUGCCCAGCGCAUCAGAAGAAAUAAAGGCGGGGGGCUUGACCCGAGGGCUAUUGCCAGGCUUGUGUAAGAACUCUUUGGCUAAGCUCCCCGGUAGAACGUUUGAUGAGGUGCUAGGGAGGUGUGCGAAAUACAUGAACGUCGAGGACGCAGAGGCCAACUUCUCACAGUCGGCUAAGACGAUUAAAAUAGACCCCCGAGACGAGAGAAAAGAAAAGAGAGUUUCCUCGACUGGAGAGAGAAAGGGGUCCCCGCGAGCAGAAAGGGAGGGACGACCUAGAAGAAAGCAUGCCAAAGUCGAAAUACACCAAGUCGAUAACGGGGGUCCGGUGAUGAAUUUUGGGCCGGCGGAUGUAGGAGAGGUCGAGAGGCCUCACAAUUAUGCUAUAAUGAUAACCGCCCAAGUAUCGGGCUAUGAGGUGCAAAGGGUUUUCGUCGAUACUGGAAGCUCGAUAAAUGUGAUCUUUCAUGACUGUCUCAAAAGGAUGGAUCUCGACAUCGAACUAGCACCCUUGCACACAUCUAUUUUUGGGUUCAAUGGCUCGGAGGUCACGCCCUUAGGAGAGACCACGCUUGCCGUCGUCCUAGGGGAAGGAGACUUGAGAAAGGUGAAGAUGAUAAGAUUCGUGGUGGUCGAAGUCGAAUCGGCUUAUAACGUGAUCCUCGGGAGACCAGCACUGACCACUUUCCAAGCUGUGGUGUCAACUUACCAUAUGAAGUUGAAAUUUCUAGUCGGAGAUCGGGUGGGAGAAGCUCGAGGAGAUAAAAAAUUAUCCAGAGCAUGUUACCAGAUAGCGGUAAAAAUGAACCAACGAACGGAGGUAAAAGAAGGAAAGAAGUCGGGAUCGAACGAAAAAAGGCCGAGGGGGAGUGAUCUCGAACCACACGGAGAGUUGAUGGAAAUUCAGAUCGGAGAAAGAGAGGACCAAACU